CAUGCUCCACGGUCUGGACCCGCGUGUCCAUUGGCUGCGCGCUCAGCAGCCGUCAUUCAGCAGAGUGAGCCCCGGACCGGUCUCUGCUCCCCCACAGAACGAGAAGAUGGAGAGAAAGAGCGAGAUCAACGGGCACGCCAUGCCCGGUUCGGCCUCCACGGACCGGAUCCUGCCCACCUCGGCCUCCGCGGAGCGCAGCAGCGCGCGGAGGAGCUGCACGGAGAAGCUGCGGGAGUUCCUGAGGAGGAACCUGCUGGUGAUCCUCACGGUGUCCGGGGUGCUGGUGGGCGUCGGGCUCGGGAUGAUGGUCCGGAGCAUGAACCUGAGCAGAGCCCAGAUGGCCCACUUCGCCUUCCCGGGAGAGAUGCUGCUCCGGAUGCUGAAGAUGAUCAUCUUGCCUCUGGUGGUCUGCAGCCUGGUGUCCGGCGCAGCCAGCCUGGACACGCGCUCCCUGGGGAAGCUGGGGGGCAUCGCGGUCGCCUACUUCCUGGUGACCACCCUGAUCGCCUCGGGGAUCGGGGUGGCCCUGGCCUUCAUCAUCAAACCCGGAGUCGGAGCUGGAGCGCUGAACACCAACAGUCUGGGUCUGGAGAGCGUUAGCAACAACAAGGAGACCACCGACUCCUUCCUGGAUUUGGCGAGAAAUUUAUUUCCAGCAAACCUGGUGGCAGCAGCCUUCCGCUCCUAUGCCACUGACUACAAGAUGGUUGCUGUGGGGAACGACACCAACGGGACAGCCCUCUAUCAGAAGGUCCCCGUUGGAACAGAAACUGAUGGCAUGAAUAUUCUUGGCCUGGUUCUGUUUGCCAUGGUGUUUGGAGUGGCCCUGCGCAAACUGGGAGAGGAGGGAGAGGAACUCAUUCGUUUCUUCAACGCUUUUAACGAGGCCACCAUGGUGCUGGUGUCCUGGAUCAUGUGGUACAUCCCGUUUGGUAUCGUGUUUCUUGUGGGCAGUAAGAUUGUGGAAAUGGACGAUGUCGUUCUUCUUGUCACCAGUCUGGGGAAAUACAUAUUUGCUUCCAUCCUGGGCCACAUAAUCCACGGAGGCAUCGUCCUGCCUCUCAUCUACUUUGGAUUAACUCGUAAAAACCCCUUCAGUUUCCUGUCGGGCCUCAUCACACCCUUCACCACUGCCUUCGCCACCUGCUCCAGUUCAGCAACUCUUCCCUCCAUGAUAAAAUGUGUAGAGGAAAACAAUGGUGUGGACAAACGCAUCAGUCGUUUCAUCCUCCCCAUCGGGGCCACGGUUAACAUGGACGGAGCGGCCAUUUUCCAGUGCAUCGCUGCCGUCUUUAUUGCUCAACUCAACAACACGGAGCUGAACGCAGGACAGAUCUUCACCAUCUUGGUAACAGCCACAGCCUCCAGUGUCGGUGCCGCAGGAAUCCCAGCUGGCGGCAUCAUCACCAUCGCCAUCAUCCUGGAGGCCAUUGGCUUACCGACCAACGACCUGUCCCUCAUGCUGGCUGUCGACUGGAUUGUGGAUCGAACCACCACCGUGGUGAACGUGGAGGGCGACGCUCUGGGCGCAGGAAUCCUCCACCACAUCAACCAGCAGGAGGUGAAGCACCAACAACAGCAGGAGGCACUGGAGGAGGUGCGGGUAGAAUCUGUGGCCAACGUUCAGGCAGAUGAGGAGACAUCGCCGCUUGUCAUGCAUAAAAUCAAAGUCCCGGGGGCCGUGCCUGAAGCCAUCGAGUCUGUCCUGUGAAGCCAUUUAACCUUUGACACGGGCGAUGCUGCUGCUGACAGGGCACCAGUCUGACCCGGUGUCCUUCAAAACAACACAAACAAUAAACAAACCUCAAAAAUCACUGAUGGUUUUAACUGUGAGGACAGAAACAGGCUGCAGCUAGAGUCUUCAGUCUGGUUUGAACACGUUUAGGAAUCAUUCAUUUUAAUGUUUUUGUUUAAUUAAACUGGAGUUAUCGUAAGAGUUUAGUGAUGACGGUGAUGGAAACAUUCGUAACAUUCCCAUUCAUUUGAAACUGUGUUUUGGAAUGACACACUUACUGCCUUCAGUGUUAAUUUUUUGUACAGCGUCUACUAAGUUUUAUCCUUAGAUAGUUAAAAACUAAUCUGACCAUCAGUAACUCUAAAGAAAAACAGCCAGCAAGUCUAAUAUUUUUAAUUAAAGGGUAAGCUCCAUCAGUGAGUCAGAAAUAGAAAUGAUAUCUCAGAUAUGGAGUUUCGUGGUUCCAGGCUUGUAUUUUUCCAGAGUCCCUGUGUGCAGGCGGCUGUUUGCUGACCAUUAGAAGACAGAUGUCAAACAUUAACUCCGCACAGGGAAAGUUGAGUAUUUGGCCUCAGCGACAGAUUGGCUCAUCGUCGUGGUAAAACACUUUGAACGUUGGACCAUCUGAAUUCAUUCCCUUUGUGCUCUCACGUAGGAAGGCCCAUUUAUUUAUAGGUC